CUUAUAACGCCCCGACCGCCCACAGCUAAUGGGCCACCCACGCCCGCUCUCUCGGCCCGUGGGCCCCAUCCUGUCUGACGGUCGGUCCGUUAAUUUUCCAAGGCUCGGAAUCAUUGUUUACUGACCCUGCAAUCAACACCCGACCUUUCCCCAUGGUUUGGCCUCACUCGCAUGCUAUCGCGAAUCACUUCCCGAUAGGUCACCCAUCCUUCCACUACUCCAGCUCAAGCACGCUUAACUCUGGAGUUCUUUCAGGAUGUGCUCCGGAAAAGGUAAGUCAACUUUGCUGACAUAGGUAGCCAAAUCAAUUCUCUUAAGCCUUUUCACAUAUCACAACUCGGGAUGUUACAGAGAUUGUUAACCAUUCGAGCAUUGAACGGAAAGCAAACAGUGUUAAUUUACCCCUCUCCCUUAGAAUGAUUAAGAGGAAGCUACAAGAACAAGCUCUCAAAGAAGCUAGCGAGUCUAAUAACUGUUCUAUCUACAAAGCUUUCUCUUCUAUGGUCUUCAUGAUCGAUGAGCUCCGUAGCUUUGUGUUGCAGACUAGGGAGACUAUCUUCUACGAAGAAGACCUACAAAGUGUUGUUAAGAAGGAUAUGCACGCUUCAUUGCUGUGGAUUUUCCAAAGCGUGUUCUCUCAAACCCCUACUUUGAUGGUAUAUGUGAUGAUCUUGUUGGCGAAUUUCACUGUGCAUUCAGUUGCAUCAAAUCUAGCUGUACCAGCAUCACCCGUUACUGAAGGCCAAGAUCAGACGCAUCAAAGGUUUGAGUCUACAUUAUUAAGUCAUGUAGUAAGUGGCAAUUUUGAUAAGAUCUCCGGCUUAUCGACACAAGGGAUAAGAGAAGAUGGGCUGAGUCUGUGGAAUUCAAUGGUGGAAGAAGCUGAUCAAAUGCAAGACUCCCCUGUGGUUCGUGACAUAAGACUGAGUGAAAGGAUUGAAUUGGACGAUCAUGCUAGGACAGAGUCUGUAUAUGAGAUAAGUUUGGUUCAAGAACCAAACAACCCUUUGCUCUUAGCUAACUACGCUCAGUUCCUUUACCUCAUCUCUCAAGACUACGACAGAGCGGAGAUAUGCUUCAAGAAAGCCAUUGAGUCUGAAGAAGUAGACGCGGAAAUAUACAGCAAAUACGCAGUCUUUCAAUGGCGAGUUCUGAAUGAUAUCUGGGCGGCUGAGUAGAAUUUUCUAGAAGCCAUAUCAGCAGACCCGACCAACUCUUACUACGCCGCUAACUACGCUAAUUUCCUCUGGCAAACCGGUGGCGAGGAAACGUGUUAUCCCCUCGAAUCUUCUGAUUCUCCUCAGUAAAUCGCUUGAGACGCUAGAAGCCAAAGAAUGGCAGUGUGAAUGGUGGGGAUUUGUUAGUAGAGAUUUGCAGUAAAAGACAACGACAAGAAUUAGGUAGAGGAAAAAAAAAACAUGAAAAUUGUAAGUAGUGUUUUUGACUGAAACAUUACUUCUACUUUUUUUUCCCUGCUUUUGCCUUUGUUAUCACUUAGAAGUCAAUUAGCACAUGCUGCAGAUUCAAACCUAACAUUUACGAUUGUUUUUUUGUGGUGAAAUAAUAACUGAGCAUAUUCCUAACAUCUGUAAUUUAACGAGGCUACAAUCGAUAUAGGAUUCAUACGUAUUAACUCACUGACGGAACAAGAAAAUGUUAAAUCCAAGGUAUGUUAUGCAUCUUUUUCAAUUGUAAAAAUAAGUAUGGGAAAAUACACAUUCUUGUAUUUGUGACAACCAUGUAAAUAGUUUGAUAAGAGCACCAUUAACGUAACAACCGAUAAUGGGGUGUUUAAUUUUUUUUUUUUUCUAAUUAAAAAAAAAAUUAAAAAAUAAACCAAUCGCGGGCCGCCACAUGUUAGUAGGGCCCGCGAACAGUGCAAUCAGUGGUGCUUAAAUAGGCUGCAGAAGAGCUGGUACUUAAAAUUUUGUGGAUUACACCCUGGGACCAACCCAAUAUUAUAUUAUUUUUUGUUAAGCACCCCCUAUAAACACUUGGGUUAAAGAUGCUAAGAUCUCACGAUUAAAAUAAUUAAAACAAAAAUAUGAAAAAGUGGAAGGAGAAUGACAAAUCUUUAGAAUCAUUUAUCCGCUAAAAUAAUAUUUUUAAAGAAAGGUGAGAGACCUCUUUCGUUAUGUGCCUUUUUCCUAUUUGUUAGAAAAAAUUAAAGAAAUAUGAUUGCUCACUAUGUGAAAUAUUGACCACUACAUUGCUAGCUAUGUAGACUGAACAAAUAUAUACGUAAAUGCACGAAGUAUGUGUUAUGCAUGACAAAAUUCCCUCAAGUUAAUGAUGUUACAUUGUUAAUAUCUCGAGCUUAAUUUUAUUAUUCCAAAAAAAGGCAUGGACAUCGAAAAUGUUAACUAUGUUUAAUUCUCCUGUCGAUCGAUUAAAAUUUGACCCAUCCGACCAUAUUUUAACCUGACCUAGCCCAUGAAAUUUGGCCAAACAAAUUUAAUAUCAACCCAAGAAAAAAGUUAAAUAUCGGGGAUGUCGUCUCUCUGUCACAAAAGGAUGAAAAUUUAAGAAAUUAGGGUUUUGAUUUAAAUCGGUGAGAGAUAAAUGAAGUUGGUGAAAUAGCGUUGGGGUUAUUGACCAAAAUCGAGAGAGGGAGGAGUUAAUCGAUUGUAGGAAUCAUUUACUCUUCUCUCUCGAUUUAGUCAAUUACCCCACACGAUUUCACCAACUUCCUUUUUCUCUCACCGAUUUGAAUCGAAACUCUAAUUUCUUAUAUUUUUCUUCUUUGUCGUGACAAAACGAAAACGUCCCCAAUAUCUAACUUUUUUCUUGGGCCAAUUUUAAAACCAAAUUUCAUUUUGUUUUAUUAUGAUGUGUUAGGUCAAAUUUUAGUUAAAUUAUCAUCGGGUGGGUAAGAUUUUGAUUGAUCAACAUGAGAAUUAAACAGAGUUAACGUCUCCAGCAUCAACAUCAAUUUUAGUAUUAAUGAAAUUAAGCUUGUGGUGUUAACUAGCAAAAUAGACUUUUAAUUCCUCGAGUAUUUGUAAUCAGCACUUUUAAUAUCCAACUUAGGCAUGAGCAUAAUAUCCGUAACCCGAAAUCCGAUCCGUAUCCGGUGCGAAAUGUAAAAAAUAUCUGAAUGGGUCUUGUAAGGUGGUACAAAACAUAUCCGAACCCGAAGUGUUAUUAACCAAACCUGAACGGGUAACCCGAAAAA